CAGCCCAGCCUGGCGGCGGGGUGAGGUUCUGUCUGGCCGUCAGCGGGAGCGAGGCGGCUGUGGCGUCGACGGGCUCCCUCCGCCAGGGCGGCAUCUCUGGGGCUGUUUCAACUCGGAAGGGCUCCUAUUCACAGCCUGCAAUUGACUUUAAGUCAAAUAGAGACGAGCUAUGUCCAUCUCCGUUCAGAUGUCCAGUUUUCUCCCAUCCAUGAGCUCAGACUUCCAGCAUUACAGUUUCAGGAUGCCGAACAUUGGGUUUCAGAACCUGCCUCUCAAUAUAUACAUUGUGGUUUUCGGCACUGCCAUAUUCGUCUUCAUCCUUAGUUUACUCUUCUGUUGCUACUUGAUCAGGCUCAGACAUCAGGCACACAAAGAGCUUUAUGCCUACAAACAGGUUAUUCUAAAGGAAAAAGUAAAAGAGCUUAAUCUGCAUGAGAUCUGUGCCGUUUGUUUGGAGGAAUUCAAGCCCAAAGACGAGUUGGGAAUCUGUCCGUGUAAACAUGCCUUCCACAGAAAGUGCCUCAUUAAGUGGUUGGAGGUGCGAAAAGUGUGUCCGCUCUGCAACAUGCCUGUCCUACAGCUGGCACAACGCCAUAAUAAGCAGGACCAUGGGCCUCCCCAGGGACCUCUGCCUGGGGCAGAGAACAUUGUAUAGCUUCUCCCAAGCAAAGGACACUUCCAUCACAAAAACUAUCGCAAAGAUGAAAACAAUGGACUUCUGCAGAGAAUCACAGAUCUCUGAAUCUGUUGCUUACAGCCUUGGUGCAUGUACCGGGAUUCCCUUUGUCUCAUGAAGAGCUCCCACGAUGCACUUUAGGAGAGGGGGCCAGAUGCUUGGACUUCAGAACAACCAAAGCAAUAUGCCACCAGCGCAAGAAGAAGACAAAAGGCAACAACAAGCCUAGUGUUUGGGUUUUUGAGAGCACUUUAUGACAGACCCUGUUGCCGAUAUUACACGUGUAGGCCUGGUACCUGUUUCUGGCUAGUUGACUAUACGGUGUGCUGAGCAGGAGGGAUAAUGUUACAAGUAUAAUAAGAGAACUCACAAAGCAAAGUCUUUCAAGACACUGGCCCUUGGGUACCUUGAAUGGCGGAUCCUAUGCAGCCAGUGGACAUCUUCCCGUCUUAAAAAAACAAAACCAACCUUCACACCCCCUUUAAAAACUGUCUCCGUAAGGCUAAACCCAGUCAGCGGUUACUUCACACUGAAUUGCUAGUGGCCGGAGAAAUGAGCAAGGGUUUUACAUUGUUCCUUUGCAGAGAUUUUGCUGAAGUUGUGGGAUUACUCCGAAGUUUACAUUUUGACAAUGUCCUAUUAGCAUGGACAGCACUAGACCAGUCUGCCAACAGCCUCUAAGACGGUGCAAGCACAUCAGCGCUCUGGGCUGACGUAGUUCCAGGAAAGGUUUGCAGGUAUUGGGCUGGAUCUGUCCAGUAAGGGAACUGGAUCACUCUGUGCACAUAUGGCCUGAUUGUUUCAGAGGUGCUGAGCACCCAUAGGUCCCCAGUCUUCAUCUCUGAAAAUCAACCCUUACGUGACCCUAGAGGAGCAGUGAGGUUGGAUCUGCUCUUGAGAACAUCCGUUGCCCCCCGAGUGUUCUGGGAAGUGAUGGGAUGAUUUCCUACCAAGUGCUGUCAUUAAGCUUGCGUCGGAUACCAGGCACUUACUGCAAACCACACUGCAGCCAUACACGUGUCCGUAUUUGACUCUGCACUAGGAAAGCCCCUUUAAAAAGUCUAAGUCCAAGGCCCAGCGCUUGCACAUUUCCCUUCCCUUCUCGUGUAGUUGGCGAAGCUUGGUUGCAGUACACAGCCUCACUCUCCUGUCUGCACAAUCACAAUCUCAAAGGGCUGACUUAAUCUGAGCGCAGACAGGCCAAGUCCACUAAAUUCAGCAGAGUUGCUACUUCUUACUUCAGAGCCAAUGAUAAACCUUGACUAUCUUGUUUCUUUCUCUUGGCUCUGAAUUAGCGAGAGGUACCAUCGAUCUACCCAUGUCAUUCUGCUGGGGGCCGAGUUAUUCAAGUCGCCCUUUUGAGUGCCUUGGCCCACUUGAAAUCGAUGUGUAUCGGACUAAGCGGUGGGGCACAAGGUCUGUUUGUGUGCGUGCGUCUCUUGGGGUUGAGGAGUACUCCUGGUGUUUGGCUGAAGUAUAUUUAAGCAGGGUAGGUUUCUGAUUUCUAGCUCCACUUUCUGAGUGAUUCAAAAGUACUGACACUGAGAUUCCUGAACUAGACCAAUAAUAAAUAGCACAGGUGCAGGUGGACCAGAGAGAAAUUCUCAUUAAAUGUACAUAGCUAGCCAUUGUCUAAAAUAACGUAAAUGUGCACAUUGCUUACUGCCUUGGCUUGCCAGCCCGUUCUCCUCCUAGGUACACACCUGUGUGCUUAGCAUCUGCUGUAAUGCAGUCCCAGGACAGCCUCACAGCUA